UCAAAAGCAAUCUGUCUCCCUCUCCCUGCUUGCCAUGCCCUUCCUUAUUGCUUUUCUAGCCCUGUCUCCACUGCAUGCUCCCCUGUCUUGCGUUGUCCCGCCUUCGCCACCCUACCUCGUGCCGCUGUCGUUGCCCUGCAUUGCGCCGUCGCCUUGUCUGUGGAUGUUGUUGUGUGGGUGUUAUAUCGCACGAUGCACCCUAUUGCGGCCUGUGGGUAUUACCGUCUUGGAAGUUGCUAGUGUCAUCGUCGCUGUUGCUCUCUUCUCCGCAGUGGUGCCGCCGGUUUAGGGUCAAACUCGGCGGGAAACAAGUUGAGGCUUUAAUUCCAUCUGAUCUCCAAGGGUUGACUGAAUAUGAACAGAAGGUUUUGGAAGCCCUUAAGCCGAAACUUAAGGCCGGCAUCGAAAAGGGAAUUGGUUUUUCUCAUAAGCAAAUGGUAUUUUCUGACUGAAAUUGAGGGAGUUGAGCAAAAAUCUGAUUUAGGCUGAAAAAGGACUGCUGAUGCUGUUGGAUCCUGACCUCCCUGCACUCGGAAUAGAUUUUCUAGAGCUACAGAAGUCCAAUUGACACGCUCUCAAUUGGGUUGGAAAGUAGACAUCCAGGGCUUUCCAGAAAUAUAUAAUAGUCCAUACUUUGCGCAAAGAUAGACGACGUAAACUGGCGUUCAACGCCAGUUCCAUGCUGCAGUCUGGCGUCCAGUGCCAGAAACAGGUUACAAGUUGGAGUUCAACGCCCAAAACACGUUACAACAUGGCGUUCGACUCCAGAAACAGCCCAAGCACAUGAGAGACUUAAGUCUCAGCCCCAGAACACACCAAGUGGACCCCAGAAGUGGAUUUAUGCACCAAUUAUCUUAGUUUACUCAUAUUCUGUAAACCUAGGUUACUAGUUUACUAUUUAAACAACUUUUAGAGACUUAUUUUGUACCUCAUGACGUUUUUAGAACUGGAUUUUAUAUUUUUGGCAGCAUGAGUCUCUAAACUCCAUUGUUGGGGGUGAGGAGCUCUGCAGCGUCUCGAUGAAUU